ACUCGUGGUAGCGCCACUGAAGACGGGACCGUGUUAGGUUGGAGUCGGAAAAAAAACCCAGACGUUGCAACAUAGUGCACAGGGGUGGAUCUGUGAAACGAGUCAAAAGGCAACAUUAGCAGCGGAAAUCUCACUGAGACUUAGUUCAACGGAAGUAGAACUGUAGCAAAGUCACUGUGCGCAACAGGUGUCAGUUUCUUUUCGUAAGCUCACUGUUUGAAAGUUGUUUGAAUAGGGGGGCUAAAAGUUUUCGUUGGUUAACAAAACGCCAACAUGUCAAAACUUCGACCCAGGCUUUGUGUGUUGGAGAAAGGACCCAGCGGGUAUGGGUUCCACCUGCACGGAGAGAAGGGCAAGAUCGGGCAGUUCAUCAGGCUCGUGGAGUCCGACACUCCCGCCUCCGAGGCCGGGCUCCUGGCUGGAGACCGAUUGAUGUUCGUGAAUGGGGAGAGCGUGGAGGGGGACAGUCAUCAGCAAGUGGUCGCCAAGAUACGGGCAACCUCUGGGGCUUUAGAGCUUGUUGUGGUGGACCCCGAGACCUCGGAGCUGCUGAAAAAACACAACCUACAGUGCCGGAAAGAAUUCGUCACAGAAGGAAUUCCCAUACCAGGCAGUGACAGCGACUCAGACCGCGGGGACACUCAGAGCAACGGCACCCCUGCCCCGCUUGAGAACGGGGAUUCUUCCUCGGAGAGAUCCGAGAGGCAUAGUGUCAGCUCAAGCACCAAGGUUAAUGGUAUGUCUGUGGCUGGGAUGCAGCACUCAGAGGUGGUGGCAGCCAUAAAGGCCGGAGGAGACGAGACUAGGCUACUGGUGGUUGACAUUGAGGCAGAGGAAUUCUUCCAGAAAUGCAAUGUUAUGCCCACUGAGGAACACAUCAGUGGACCUCUUCCAGAGCCAAUGGCAGAAGACAAGAUAAAUGCAAAGCCUAAAGUAUCUGCGAGCUCUUCCGUCUCCAGUGCCUCUUCCAGCAGCUCCCUACCAGCAGCAACAAACAACUCCUCGCCUUCAGAGAUUGAAAGGGCAUCGAGGUCAGAGCCGGCCCCAGCCAUUGACAACCUGGGUCUUGCCUUGACAGUAGCUCAGGCCAAAGAAAGAGCCCAGCAGAAGCGUGGCGCCAAGAAGGCCCCGGCCAUGGACUGGAGCAAGAGGAAUGAACUGUUUAGCAACUUAUAAACGCCACGGCCGUCCUCAUGUCCUCCAGGUGGUUCUGUACUGCCAUCCAGAGGCCAAUCCAGAGAAAUAAUCAACCCACGCUCUGAGUGAAAAAUAAUGUGGCAUCAAGCUUAUUUUAAACUCCCAUGUUAAACAGUAUUAUAUGAUGAUUUAUUUGUUUUAAUUUAGGGUUUCUGUGACUUCUUAACUUUUGAAUGACGUUUGAAAUGUCAGCAUCACACACAGAAAUGAAUGUUAAUAAUAUAUCAAGAAGAGAACUAGCAGUGUGCACUUUCUCAUACGAAAAGGAGCGUGAAAGGAAUUUUGGGGCAUAGGAACGAGAAAUUAUUGAUUAUUUUUGAGUCGUGAUUUUAAAUCUGAACAUUUUAGAAAGAAUGUAGCACCUCUGUCUACUCUUCUUUACCUUUUUUUUUUUUUUUCAGUCUUAAUUUGUGAUUCAAACGAGAUUAUUAUUUUUCUUUUUAAUGUGGCUUUUGAUAAAUUUGUAUAUACACACAAAUGUAUUCUCAAGGAAAAGAAAUGUUCUGUGUUUUGUUGAUUCUGCUGAAGUCUGUUCAAUUUUAAAGCUGCAUCUUUUGGCUCGAGCGUCACUUACACACUUUCACUCCAAUGGAAAUAUACAGAAUGUACCGAUGGCUCUGUGCUGUAGAAUGUCUUAAUGAACAUUGAUAAACAUAGCAUAUCAAUAAAAUGGAA